UCGCAUUUGGACCCCUACUCAACCUCGACCGACACACCGAACCCACCCCCUUCAUCAUACCGCAUUUCUCCCCAGAUGGACGAUCCGACCGGACCAGGAUGGACAUGGCCUUACUGGAAGUUUGGCUUACAGCGAGAGGACCUCGAAACCAAGCUCCACGAUCAGUACAACACCUUUAGCCUCGCCAUUCUCGACCCCGAGGCCUUUCACCAUGACGUCUACGAACUAGCACACAGGGCCACCACCGCCGAUGAGUUACAUCAGCUCCUUGCCGAGCGGAAGCAACUCCGCGUUCGCGAACUGAACGAGUCUCUUGAAUCUGCAGCAUUCGAGAUCAUUGGAAACCCUUCCCUGAUUGGGACCGAUCAGUGGCAGCACGCUGUCCAGCUCUUCCGAACAAGGUCGCUUGAUUCGCUUGUUCGAUACUUUGCAUCAUACCUUCCCGAGCAACAUCCCUGGCACAAAUCCGCCGAUUCUGGCUCUGUCACCUCCAGCAGUGCUGAUUCGUGCCCCUCUCUUUUCGACGAUGACUACUACUGCGAUCCGAUCAUGAUGACAGAGGAGCCGCUCGAAAUUGCAGAUGAGGAGUCCAUUGUUAAGGACCACCUGCCGCCGUCUCCGCGCUCCAUGACCAUGUGCUCGAACUCGUCUGUGGAUUCCCAUGCGGAUGGCUCUCAACCGGACUUCGCCCUUACCCCAGCCCGUACCCUCUCCUACUCCGAAUACGAAUCCGACCAUUUGGAAUCGUCAGCCUCAACACUCUAUGACGUGUCGGAGGUUACCACACCUGCUCCUGAGCAGGAGGAGGAGGAGGAUGCCAUUCCCGAAGUGGCAUCAGGAAAGGAAUCUUCGGAUCAUUCCAAGGACCUCUCGAUUACCUCCGAAGCAGAAACACCAACCCCGAAACCCGAGCAUCAUGCCGCAGCUUUCUUCGAGCAGACGAAGCCAUCGCUGCCCUGUCGACGACACCGGAGUCUUUCACCAUCAUCUGCGCGUCCUCUCUCUGGUCAAGAAACCCGGAGUAGCAUGCAGCAACCUGACCCCAGGAAGCCAGAGCUGCCGACUCACCGUACCCAGGUGGUUGACGACGCAGCUCGCCGUUGGAAGGAAACAGGAUACAUGAAUAGGCUUAAGCAGAGGAUGUUGAACCCCUUGCAAAGAGGAAGGAGUCAGGGGAGGAAGACACAGACAAGUAGUUCUAGUCGCGUCCACAAACCGUCAUCGAAUAGGACGAGGCUCAGGGGACGCAAGAGAAUUGAUAGUUAGCACAUGGCAGGGAGUUUUGGCGUUUUGGAGCCUGAGGGCAUGGUGGAUGGGCCUACUACCGAUACCCCUGUACAUAUGUCCCGUGACUGUACAUAUCUGCUCUUCGUUUUUUCAUGGUAAAUCCCUUUUAUUUCAG